CCCCAUCCGAUUGACUUAAAUAUCACCUUAUUCCUCAUACCUGGUCCAGAUCUGAUCUGAUUCUCAUCCCUCCCUCAUCUCCCCAUCAGACUUACUGCAGUAUGUCUCCCUCAAAAGUGUCGACCAUCGAGUUCGACAAGUUCUACAACAUUGUCGACGGCAAGCGGCGCGGCAGUGACAAUGUGCACCACGGCAUCAACCCCGCCACCGGCCAGGAGAACUGGCCCGUCCCCAUUGGUAGCGAGCAGGACCUAAAUGACGCCGUUGAGGCCGCAAAGAAGGCCUUCCCCGCGUGGAGGGAUACGCCGCUUCAGAAGAGGAAGGAAACCCUGCUCAAGUUCUGCGACUACUUCAGUCAAUUCACAGACGACCUCACCACCCUGCUUUGCAAGGAGACGGGCAAGCCGAGGAAGUUCGCCGCCAUCGAAGUCGGCGGCAUCGUUGGAUUUAUCCAGUACCACUGCUCACUGGACAUCCCCGUGGAUACGGUCGAUGAUGAUGAAAAGACCAUUUACACCGAGUAUACCCCGCUCGGUGUUUGCGCAGGUAUCAUCCCCUGGAACUUCCCCUUGGUCCUGUCCAUCGGCAAGGUCGCCCCUGCCCUUUUGACCGGCAAUGCCAUCAUCAUCAAGCCAUCGCCUUUCACCCCCUACACCGGCCUCAAAGUGGUCGAGAUCAUGCAGGAAUUCUUCGCUCCGGGUCUCGUCCAGGCAGUAGGCGGCAACAAUGAGCUCGGCGCCCAGAUGUGCGCUCAUCCGGACAUUGCCAAGAUCUCUUUCACUGGUUCCAUCGCAACUGGCAAGAAGGUCAUGGAAACCUCGGCCAAGACGUUGAAGCGUGUCACCCUCGAGCUCGGUGGCAACGAUGCUUCCAUCAUCUUGCCCGAUGUUGACAUCAAGAAGGUUGCCCCUGAAGUCGUCAUGGGUGCUUUCCAGAACUCGGGCCAGGUCUGCGUCGCCACAAAGCGAAUCUACAUCCACGAGUCCAUCUACAAGGAGUUCCUGGAGGAGAUGGUCAAGUUUACAAAGUCCAUCAAGGUCGGAAGCCCCGACGACGGCGACAACCUGCUCGGCCCUGUGCAGAACCCUAUGCAGUACGAGAAGGUCAAGGAGUUCUUCGCCGACACCAAAGCCAAGGGCUACAAGUUCGCCGUCGGCGAGCCCGACGUCGCGUCCGGCAAGGGCUUCUUCAUCCAGCCGGCCAUCAUCGACAACCCGCCCAACGACUCCCGCAUCGUUGCCGAGGAGCCCUUUGGCCCCAUCGUUCCUACGCAACCGUGGUCAGAUCUCGACGAAGUUGUUGCGCGCGCCAACGACACCAAGAUGGGUCUCGGUGCCUGCGUCUGGGGCAAGGAUGUCGAGAAGGCGUCGCAGGUCGCGCGCCGCCUCGAAGCUGGCUCCGUCUUUGUCAACUCGUGGGAGAAGCCGACGCCGCAGGCCAUCUUUGGCGGGCACAAGGAGUCCGGCAUUGGUGGCGAGUGGGGCAAGACUGGGCUCCUCGCGUUCAUGAACGCACACGUCAUCCACGUGUACAAGUCAUAAGCGUAGGACGGGGCGAGGGGCUCGGCGAGAAUGUACGCAUACGUUGGUGCAGAACGGAACUGCUUCGGCACUGUGGAGACUGCACGCUGGAUUAGGGUAUAUUCCUACUGUAGGACUAGCAAAUGAGAACAUGAACCAAUGGUGUUUGCUUGUGUAACAUGUAUGCGAGUAAGCACGGUACUCCACUGCAGAAGGAAGCCUUCUCUGGAACUUCCCAACUCGGCAGUAUUUUGCGGUUGUCGAAGGCCGGGGCAACGUUCAAUCGUGUGCGUACGUGCCUGAACGUUAGUGUCCAA